UCGAAUUUGGACUUCGCAGUGGACGUUUCGAGAGGCGUUCGGCGGCAAAGGAAAUAAAUUGAACGGGGAAGGAAAUCCAUUUCGGAACUCGGCUUUUCGGCCUUUCGGCGCGCGCGUGUGUGUGUGUUAUGUUAUUGUUGCUGCUGCUGUGCGUCGGUGUUUGUGUGUGUGAGCGAGGCGAGGGAGAAAUUGUUAAAUAAACCGGUUCCUUUUUUUCGCGUCUGCAAUUGCCUUUUCGUAAUUCGUAAUUCGUAAUACCCAAAAUCGAAAUCGAGCAUUGAAUUUGUUUCGCCUGCGCUUUUUUUAUUUUCUUUUCGGUUUGGGUCCUGGUUUUUCGGUGCGAAAAUUGAAUAACAACAACAGAAUACAACAAAAAAGGCAUAAACAUAAGUUGCAAAAUUGUACCAAUUUUUUUUACUGUGCCCAAAACGAAUGCAAAAAUUCCAACGAAUCAGUGAGUGAGCAAAAUCAAGGAGAUAGAGCUGAGAAUUUAAAGCCAGUGCCAAAAAGUGAAAGAAGAGUACGAGAAAUACGAGAAACAAAACAAAAGUGGCAAAUUUACAAAAAAAAAAAAUUAGCCAGCAAACAAAAAAAAAAGGAAGAAAGCAUAACUUUGGUAACUUUGGCGCAUCUGUUGGAUGCAGGGCACAGAGUCCAGCUUCUUGAGACCAGGUGGAAAAACAAAGGUAGCAGCGGCAGGCCGGAGUAAUUGAAAGGCAACAGCGGCGGGCAGGGAAGAACAACAACUGGAGAGCGUAAAACAUAAACAGACAGUUUUCAAAGGUCCCUCAAGGUAUUCGACUUGUUAAGGGAACUCGCGCAAUUAUCGCUACAAGUGGACUUGGCAUAAAGGUUCAAAAUUCGGAGCAAAAAGCGUAAUUGGAAAGUUUCUUUAAAAAUUUCGAUGAUGCUCGACGACUCCUGUUGCUGCUAAAACUUCGAGAAGCAAGCAGGCCACGCCUCCCGCCCCCGGGAGAGAAUCCUCGAGAGAAACUCGCCAGAUCGACUUAGAUAUUGACUCCACAAUGUAUCCGGCCAGUGGCAGUGGAGGCAGUGCAGCAACAGCUGCCAAAUUCCAGAAUCGCUGUGUAUCGCCGCAGUUUGCCAACGAGUAUCCGCAUCCACAUCAGCACCAGACGACGUCGGUGGCGGUGCACAGUGCCCCGCCGGGAAUGGGCGGUGGUAGUGGUGGUGGUGGUGGCGGCGGUGGUGCUGGCGGUUCCCUGACCAGCGGUGGCUCCAUGUCCAUGCGUCACGGCCAGCGGGCGGUGGCCGCCUCCCACCAGCAUCCCGGCCAGAUGACCCUGAACCACGGCGGUCACGGCAUGGGCAUGGGUCACAACCACGGAGGCAUGGGCAUGGGAAUGGGCGGCCUGGGAUUGGGCCACAACCACGCCACAAUGGGCCAUCCGCACUCGCACAACAGCAGCCACCAUGUGGGAGGACAUGUGGGCUCGCAUCUGAUCUUCCCCGACGACAUGGACAGCAUCGAGUUCUGCAUGCCGGCGGCGCCCUCCUCCUCGUCCGCCUCCUCGCAGAACGGCCUCGGGAUCGGGGACCAGCUAUUAAUGGGCAGCCAGCACGGCGAGGCGUUCACGGAGCGCCGAAGGAGGGGUCACAGUCGGCGCAGCAACCACAAGAUGGACGUCGAGCAGCAGGUCAAGUGGUCUCGCAAGAACAUAGCCGCCACCAUGGAACGUUUCGAGCCCACGACCAACACACAGUCCUCGUCGUCCACUUCGUCGCUGGACUACGGAUUCGCCGCCGGCGUGAUGACGCCCAGCGGCAGCAGUGCCACGCCCUCGCACGGCGGUGGCGCCUCCAAUCCAUCGCUGCACGUGGCCUUCAACGGUGGAGGAGGUGGUGGUGGUGCAGUGGCUAGCGGUGGCUCAGCCUCGGGAUCGGGAGCGAGUGGAGCCAGUGGCUCGGGAGCAGCUGCACCGUCGGCGCCCUUCAAUCACGUCUACUCGUAUGCCUACUACGAGCCGGGGGCAGCCAAGUGCCACACGAACGUGCCGCCGGCCCAGGGAUCGGGCUCCUCCAGCUCGGGAUCGGGACAGGGGCAGGGACAGGGACAUGGCCAGGCCCAACAGGGCCACUCGAAGAGCCCGCCGAGGAACUCCAUACGCGCCCUGCUGGCCAAGAGCUUCCGCUCGAAGAGCAGCAGCACCCACAACCAGGGUGGCCAGUCCACCUCCAGUUCGCCCAGUGCCGAGGAGCGGGACCGGCAUACGUACACCACCCGCUACGGCACCACCGAGAACCUGUACGAGGAGGUCAGCGACCAGAAGAUCCGCAAGGUCCUCUCCGACAACCGCAUCGCCAGCGGCUCCAGUGCGGGCAAUGUGAAGGAGGAGCAACGCCGCGUGCAGCACAACCACUUCCGGGUGCUGGACGAGCUGAAUCUGUCGCUGGAGGCGCUGAUAAUGCCGCCCACACCGCCGGACGUCAGUCCCAGUCACGUUUUGGGCGGCGACGAGCCGUUGGGCACAUCGGUGUCCGUGUCCGUGUCCGCCGGCGCAGUUGGCGGAUCGGUGGCAUCCAGCGCGGCGGCCGGUCCCUCUAAGACCGCCCAGCGACCGAGGCGGGGUGGACUACUGGGCGGGGCCGCCGGUGCCGGGGCCACCUCCAACUCGAGCUCCGCCUCGCACGCCAGCCUGGAGAACCUGUCCAGCACGCUGAACAGCAUGGAGCUCAAGGAUCACGGCCACAGCAGCUGCAUCAAUCCGGAGUUCGACGAGGGCGACCUCGACUCCGGGUUCAGUGGCAGCGGCAGCAGCAGCGGGGCCAGCUACAACGAGAGUCUGCGCUACUACAAGUCCGCCACGCCCACAGGACCGCUGCACCACCACCAGCACAGCCACAACCACAUGCACAGCCACCAGCAGCAGGCGCUGCACCACCAGCAGCAGCAGCAGCACCACCACAGCCUGAACAACAACACCUUGCCGCACAACCUGCGCAGCUGCCGAUCCUCGACUGCCUCGGGCACCUCGACCUCGAAGAGCAGCAUGGCCAGCUGUGGCGAGGAUCAGGGCAUCGGCAUGACCUUGGCCGUGGGCGGAGGCGGCGGUGGUGUGGGUGUGGGUGGUGGUGCUUUGAUGAUGCACGAGGCAGCUGGCGGCGGCGGUGGCUCGCUGUCACCCUUCAACUAUCCACGCCGCUGUUCGGCGGAUCAGCAGCGCGCCUCGGGCAGAUCCAUGGGCUCCAACGUGGGCCUCGGACCGGGAGUGGGCGUGGCCGUGGGCGGAAUGGGCGGCAUGGGAGGUGGCAGCAUGAACAGCAGCAGUAAUGUGGCCUUGUCCACCGGAGCGAAACCCAAAAAGAACUUCUGGACCAUGAAACCGUGAUGCUACAAAAAGGCGCUGCGUCACAUUUGCAAGAAAUGGACUAUUGUUAUGGAAUACAAUUCAAAGACUGCCUCAUGCCAUGCCAUCCACUAUUACCACCAACCCAACAGCGGCAGCAGCUACAGUAGCCACAGCAGCCGUCGUCACCAUCAGCAUCAGCAGC